CGUCUGGUUAUGUUGUCGUCUGUUCCCCUUUAAACAAUUUUUUCUCUAUUUUUCAAAAUUUGAAAAAAACCAAACGUUCCCCGAUUUUCAUCCUUUGUGUUCUCCACCGGAGCCUUUCCGCCGCAAUUCCGCCGCCUUCGCCGCUUCAGCUGAAUCGGUUUAUGCAAAAUUUCCCCCUACUCUUCUUAUUCUAAUAAGGUUCUCGAGGUUAUUGAUCGAAGCAUAGUAGUUAUCUGCCGAUUUGCCUAAAUGUCUCUAUUAAGUAGGUUCUUUUACAAGAGACCACCAGAUGGGUUGCUUGAAUUUGCUGAUAGAGUUUAUGUUUUUGAUUCAUGUUUUUGCACUGAGGUGUUGGCGGAUGGGUUGUAUCAGAUCUUUCUACAUGAAGUCAUCAACGAUUUACACGAAGAGUUCCCGGAAUCGUCUUUUCUAGCAUUCAAUUUCCGAGAAGGGGAGAAAAAGAGCGUCUUUGCUGAAACUCUCUGUGAAUAUGAUGUUACGGUUCUUGAGUACCCGAGGCAGUAUGAAGGCUGCCCUUUGCUCCCUUUAUCAUUGAUUCAGCAUUUUCUCCGUGUCUGUGAGAGUUGGCUUGCUCGUGGGAAUCGUCAGGAUGUGAUUCUUCUUCAUUGCGAAAGAGGAGGCUGGCCACUUUUGGCUUUUAUUCUUGCUAGUUUUCUGAUUUUCAGGAAAGUUCACAGUGGUGAGCGCAGAACUCUUGAGAUUGUGCAUCGAGAGGCUCCCAAGGGUCUCUUGCAGCUUCUCUCACCGUUAAAUCCGUUCCCGUCUCAACUGCGUUAUCUUCAGUAUGUAGCAAGGAGAAACAUAAAUCCUGAGUGGCCACCUCCUGAAAGAGCUCUUUCCUUGGAUUGUAUUAUUAUUCGAGCUAUUCCAAACUUUGACUCUCAACAUGGCUGCAGACCGAUUAUACGUAUCUUUGGAAGAAACUAUAGUAGCACAUCUGGUCUUUCCACGGAGAUGGUGUAUUCUAUGUCCGAUAAGAAAAAACCCCUUCGCCAUUACCGACAGGCAGAAUGUGACGUUAUCAAGAUUGACAUCCAAUGCUGGGUUCAAGGAGAUGUUGUACUGGAGUGUGUACAUAUGGAUUUAGAUCCAGAACGAGAGGUUAUGAUGUUUCGUGUGAUGUUCAAUACUGCAUUUAUCAGGUCCAACAUACUAAUGUUGAACUCUGACAACUUGGAUAUUCUUUGGGAGGCCAAGGAUCAUUACCCAAAAGGGUUUCGAGCAGAGGUCUUGUUUGGAGAAGUUGAGAAUGCCGCGCCUCAGAAAGUUCCAACCCCGAUAGUAAAUGGUGAUGAGACUGGUGGAUUGCCCAUUGAAGCCUUUUCUAGAGUUCAAGAACUUUUUAGCGGUGUGGAUUUGGCUGAGAAUGGAGAUGAUGCUGCGUUGUGGUUGCUGAAACAACUUGCUGCCAUAAAUGAUGCGAAAGAGUUUACAAGAUUUCGACAAAAAGGGAGUUUCUAUUUUAAUUCCCCUGAUUCCGAGGAGGAGACAAACACAUCUAGUGCCGCUGAUAGUUCAGAUGAAGGUUUUGAUGCCAUUCAGAGACCUCACAUUCGUAUACCUUUUGAUAAUGAUGAGACAUACGACAUUCCUCUAUCUGUUGCUCGUGAAUCUUCAGAGGAAUCUCAUGAGUUCUCUCGUCACCAGCAGCAAGAAGUUCCAGUGAAAGACAGUGUCCACCCUUUAACUGUUCCCUCAGAUCCACCGUCUUCCGUUGCUCAUGUCACACUUCUACCUCCACCUCCACCGCCGCCUCCUCCUCCUUCUUUUACGAGCACAGCCUCAUUUUCACCCCAACCCCCACCGCCACCCCCUCCGCCACCACUUCCUUUCACUAGUUUCAGCAAUAUAGAUCCCUUGACAACAUUACGUCAGCCUAUCAACAAAAUCCCUCCACCACCACCUCCUCCUCCGCCACCUUCUUCUAAAAUCAUCCCUCCACCCUCAGCUCAACCACCACCNCUGGGAGCAAAAGGUUCAACUGCACCACCGCCACCUCCUUCUGCAGGAAGGGGCAGAGCUUCAUCAGGACUUGGAAGAGGCCGUGGCGUGAGUGUUCCUAUUGCUGUACCUAAGAAAACCGUGCUAAAACCUUUGCAUUGGUCUAAGGUUACUCGGCCAGCAAAAGGUAGUUUGUGGGCUGAUACUCAGAAACAAGAAAAUCAACAACGGGCCCCUGAAAUAGAUAUAUCAGAGCUCGAGAGUCUGUUUUCUGCAGUUUCAGAUACCACAGCUAAGAAAAACACAGGUCGCCGGGGUUCUAGUAUCAGCAAACCCGAGAAAGUUCAACUUGUUGACCUGCGAAGAGCAAAUAACUGUGAAAUAAUGCUGACGAAAAUAAAGAUUCCUCUACCAGAUAUGCUUAGUGCAGUUCUAGCCUUAGAUUCAUCAGCUCUGGACAUCGACCAGGUUGAAAAUCUCAUCAAAUUUUGCCCGACCAAGGAGGAAAUGGAAAUGUUGAGGAAUUAUACUGGUGACAAGGAAAUGCUCGGAAAGUGUGAACAGUUUUUCAUGGAAUUAAUGAAGGUUCCACGUAUUGAAGCAAAGUUACGAGUGUUUGGCUUUAAGAUAACCUUUGCUUCUCAGGUUGACGAGUUAAAAAGCUGCCUAAAUAUAAUAAACGCUGCUACUAAAGAGGUGAAGGAGUCUGCAAAGUUGCGUCAAAUUAUGCAAACAAUUUUAACACUGGGAAAUGCUCUAAAUCAGGGAACUGCGAGAGGGUCUGCUGUGGGGUUCAAACUGGACAGUCUUCUUAAAUUAUCUGAUACUCGUGCUAAAAAUAACAAAAUGACUUUGAUGCAUUACUUAUGCAAGCUUGUUGGUGAGAAAAUGCCAGAAUUGCUGGAUUUUGCUAAUGACCUUGUUCACUUAGAAGCUGCAUCGAAGAUUGAAUUGAAAACUUUGGCUGAAGAAAUGCAAGCGGCGACUAAAGGCCUUGAAAAGGUUGAGCAAGAACUUAUGGCUUCAGAAAAUGAUGGUGCCAUUUCUUUGGGCUUCCGGAAGGUCUUGAAGGAUUUUCUUGAUACCGCUGAUGAGGAAGUGAAGACGCUUGCUUCGUUAUAUUCAGAAGUGGGAAGAAAUGCAGAUUCUUUGUCUCACUACUUCGGUGAGGAUCCAGCUCGAUGUCCUUUCGAGCAAGUGACCAAGAUUCUGACUCUUUUCAUGAAGACGUUCAUCAAAUCUCGAGAGGAGAAUGAAAAACAAGCCGAGGCUGAUAAGAAGAAACUGGAGAAAGAAGCAAUAAAGGAGAAGUCAGCAACAAAGAAAGAUGGCUCUGAUAAUGAUAACGAUCUUAUCCAGCAGAUCCAGAGACAUAGAACAUGAACAAACAUCGGUCUUUUAACUGAUGACCCGAAGAUUUCGGAUCGUUAAAAGCUUUGUUUUAUAGGAGUCAAUGUUGCACAUACGGAACGAGAGACGAAGUAGUCAACUUCUAUGAUGUUAGAUGGAAGUGUUUUUUUAUCUCUGAUCACUCCAUUGAUGUAAAUAUCAGAGGUUCGUGUUUAUGUCCUAGAAACUAUGGAACUUUUGUAAAAUCCAAAAGUUAUAUUAUCAUCACUGUGCAGAGAAAAACAUUUCUUUUUUCCAAAGAAUAAUAAAUGUUUUACAUUUUA